AUGGUACGUGAAGCAGAAGGAUUCAAGGCUAAAGUCUUCAGCACACCGGCUGUGAUUAUUGACAAUGGAUCCGGGAUCUGCAAAGCUGGGACUUCAGGAGAAGUUGGCCCGAGACAAAUCAUCCCUUCAGUUGUCGGGUGCCCCAAAACCAAAGUUACAUUAUCCAAAGACAAACAGAGGGAAUGUUACGUAGGAAAAGAGGCCCAAGAUAGGCGAGAAGCAUUGUCACUGAGAUACCCAAUUGAGUGUGGCAUUAUAACUUCAUGGGAUGAUAUGGAGAAGAUCUGGAAGCACAUCUAUGACAAAGCUUUGGGUCUGAGAUCCUUUGAGAGACCCUUGCUGAUGACCGAACCUCCUCUGAAUCCCCAAGAGGAUCGAGCCAAACUUACUCAGUUGAUGUUUGAACGCUUUAAGGUACCUGCCUUCUAUCUUUCUGUCCAAGCUAUACUAUCUCUCUAUGCCUCAGCGCGGUACACUGGGCUUGUGAUGGACAGUGGCUUUGGAGUCAGCCAUGCAGUGCCCGUCUACGAGGGAUACUGUCUGCCCCAUGCUGUCUCCAGAUUGAAUAUUGGUGGCAGAGAUAUCACUGAGUUUCUACGGAAAUUGCUUCAAGAAAGUGGGCGGUAUUACAGGAACUUUCCGGAAGCAAACAGUGUUGUGGAAGACAUCAAAGUGAAGUUAUGUUUUGUGUCCCUGGAUUCCUACUCUGACCAUAAUAAGGUGCCAGUGGAGCUCCCAAAGGAAUAUGUACUACCUGAUGGUCACAAAAUCAGCAUUGGCGAUGCUCUUUUUCUAGCACCUGAGAUCCUUUUCACACCCAGCAAAGCUGGCAAAACUGGACAAGGCCUUCCCACCAUGAUCACCAGGAGCAUUAAAAAAUGUGACCCCAGUAUCCGCCAGAUGCUCUACAGUAACGUGCUGCUUUCCGGUGGUUCCUCUCUCUUUCCAGGAUUAGACGAGAGGAUCUUCAAGGGGCUAGAACAAAAAGUCCCCCAAGGUGUUCCCAUAAAGAUCAUAUCCCCUCCAGAUCGAUGGCUCUCAACUUGGAUUGGGGCCUCCAUCAUUACUUCCCUGAGCACCUUCAAGCGAAUGUGGGUCACUGCUGCUGACUACAGAGAGUUUGGACCAAACAUUGUGCAGAGACGCUGCUUUUAA